AUGGGAGGAAAAUCAAGAGGUAAACGAUCAGGAACACGAUAUAAGUUUUCAAAAAAAUUUCGUCAACAUGGAGAAUGUUCAGCUAAUAAAUAUUUAGAGAAAUUAAAAUAUGGUGAUUAUGUUGAUAUAAUUUGUGAUUCUACUCAACAAAAAGGAAUGCCAUUUAAUUACUAUCAUGGAAGAACAGGAAAAGUUUUUAAUAUUACUAAGAGGGGUGUUGGUGUUUUAGUUAAUAAAAGAGUUAAACAUAGAAUUGAAUUGAAAAAGGUUUGUGUAAGAAUUGAACAUGUAAGAAAAUCUAAAUGUAAUCAAGAUUUUCUUUUAAGAAAAAAACAAAAUGCAGAAUUAAUUAAAGAAGCAAAAUUAAAAAAUGAACGUAUUUGUAUUAAAAGAAAACCAGAAGAACCAAAACCAGCUGCUAUGAUAAAAGUACCAAAAUCAAAAAUUAUUACAGUAGAACCAUUACCAUUUUAUGAAGAAUAUUAA